AUGCACAUCUCUCAUAUCCCCAUGUGGAAGGGCACAGGCAAUAACUAUGCUUAUAUCCUAAAAGACUCCAAAUCUGGAGAAGCUGCCAUCAUCGAUCCUGCCGAACCAAAAGCCGUGCUUCCAGUCCUGAAAAAGGCCAUUGAUGCUGGAGAAAUUAAGCUGACGACGUUAAUCACAACGCAUCACCAUGGUGACCAUGCAGGUGGCAACAAGGAAAUUCUGAGCCAUUACCCAGACCUCAAAGUGAUUGGUGGUCGAGACUGCGAUCAGGUCAAGAUUGUGCCUGGCCACAACGAGACAUUCCAGCUUGGCCAGCUCAGCAUCAAAAGUCUUCAUACGCCUUGUCAUACCCAGGACAGUAUCUGCUUCUACGCAGAGCAAGAUGGUAAAAAGGCAGUCUUUACAGGCGAUACACUCUUCGUUGCUGGCUGUGGUCGUUUCUUCGAAGGAACUGCCGAGGAGAUGCACAAGGCUCUCAAUCAAACACUCGCAAAUCUGCCAGACGACACGCUGGUUUACCCUGGUCACGAGUAUACUGCCACGAAUGCUAAGUUUGCCAAGACCGUGAUGCCCGACUCACAACCUCUCCAGAAGCUCAUUGAUUUUUGCAAUGCAAAUGAGGAGACGUGUGGCAAAUUCUCUGUAGGACAGGAGAAGCAGCACAACCCUUUCAUGCGUUUGGAAGCCCCUGACGUCCAGAAGGCAACAGGCGAGCAAGAGCCAAUCAAGGUCAUGAAUGCGCUCAGAGAGAUGAAGAACCGUAGCUAA